AUGACUCAUUUUUCGGAAUUUAAAGGUUGGGAAUUAACACCGGAAGCUGAUCUCUACGUGGUAAUGUUCACAUACCAGAGUAGAAUUGGUAAUUUUGUUUUCAACUGACCCUUCAUAGACAAUAUGAUACGUGUUUACGGUGUUGUUUGGUAUUCGUUUUGAUAUCAUAUUAUUAACUAUGUUUGUAUAAGCUUAAUUUUAAUAGUUUGAGAGGACUCUUUAUAUUAUGGUACAUUUAGUACUAUAAUAUAGGUGUAAAUCGUGAACAAAAUCGAGAAACUGUUUUUUCUGAAAUUAAAAAAUUAAAAAAUGUAACUUUGAAGUUUAAAAAAGUUCGAAAGUGUGACUUUAGUUCAACAAAGCUUUAAGUCUUGACCCGGUCUGCCACUUGAAAUCAACUCACCCGGAAACUGUUAUCUCUACUACGUCAGUAACUUUAAGCUGCGCAAAUACAUGUACUGAUCUAUGCAAACAUUUCUCAUUUAUUGCGGUUUUGUAACGUCUGACGAACAUCCAAGUUUUGAAAAUAUUUUUAAACUUUUGAAAUUUCGAAGUUUUUAAUUUUUGAAUUUUAUAAAAGUGCUAUAACUUUUAUUUUACUUUGCGUUUUCCGUGAUUUUUUUUGAAGUGAGUAACUCUUUUCGAAAUUCCCUUCUCAAUGUUUAUUUUAAUGUUACAGAACCCUCAUACUCUCCUCUAAGCGACUGCAAUAUCAACGUUGAUGAGCACACCACAAUAACAAUAUUAGAUGCCAUCCGACCAUCUGAAGCCACUUCUACAGCAAUAACCUCUCCACAAACGUCAAACAUUCUAGCCACCAGUCCAGCACAGUUGGGCGCGGGUAGCCCGACCCGGCCAACUGGCUUUGGCACUCUCAAGGCCAAACCCAUGGCCCAAUCGCCAUGCCCCACCCGAACCCGCCCGAUGCGAAUCUACGGCGGAGAGUCCAGUGAUUCUUCUAACCAGAUGAGGCACAGUACCUCUAGCUCGCCUCUAACACCAUUGUCGGCCGGGUUGAGUAGUAGUAUGCAUGGGUUUGGCAACACUUUGUUAGGUGGGUUUGAACCUAAAACAUGGUUUUUAUCAAUUGAAAUUAAAGCAAAAAAAUGAAAAAGUAUUUAAUAUAAACUGGCUUUGUACUAUAUUUUAUCCUAAUCUUAACACGAAAAUCAUCUAUAUUCAAUCGUAUUUUAAAGUUUGCGCAAAAUGCGGUUUUGUGGGCGCAUUUGUACAUUAUAUUUUGUAAAAAAACAAAUUUUUGUGUUUUUUACUAAAGUUUGGGAUAAAAAUUUAACAAAAGUAUCUUCUAUUGUUAUCUAAAAUUUUUUUAGAAAAACACACAAGAUCUUCAUUAUCUUCAUCAAAUACAGCCUCACCCUUACUACCAACAGAAGGCACAAACUCUCCUCGUCUUGGAGAAGGUCAGUUGAUUCUACUUCAUCUCCCUUUUGGUCAACAUUCAAAGGUCAACGUGAGAUCGGGUGUCUCAGCUCGAGAUGCGAUUGCUGUCGUGCUCAGGAAACGGAACAUCGUGCCGGAAACGUGCACGGUGUGUAUAGAUGCGGAUCCGAUGAGUCCACAGAUCGAUCUUCAAGCAGAUUUGGGUGAAUUGGCAGCUCGAUUGGAGAGGAAUGAGCUUUGGGUACAUUCGGAGUGUAUGGAGCUGUUCAACUCGAUACAUCAUGAGUUUGUGCCUCGAACUUUUAGUGUCUUGAGUGUAGCCAACUGCGGAGUUUGUAGGAAGAUCAUUCUAGUGAAUGUGAGUUUUUUAGUAUAUGGUGGUCUUUUGGUUUAUGGUAGCGUUAUGUGGAAUUUGGUGAAAGUAUAAUAGUCUUAGUUUUUUGCCAUUCUUUUAUUAAUUGAACCGUUCAGGGUUACCGUUGUAAUCGAUGUCAAUUCACCUUCCACAAGAAGUGUUGGGGCCAAGUACCAGCUCUGUGUGAACCAGAUCAGAUAUCUUAUGACAUUAAUAAGGCCAACCAACUUCGAGAUGUCUGUGCCAAGUAUCAGGGACCUCAUGCAGCUAUGGCAGCUGACAUACUCGAUUCUUUAUUACCUGCUGAAAGCCCUAGUAAGUGUUAUCGUACUGUUGUUUGCUUUAGGGUUAGGAAAAGGUAUUAAAAUUUUGUUGGCAUUCUGGUAUAUCAUGAUAGAUAUUUUGUAUUGUUUAAGUUUUUUUUGAUUUAAGCUUGUUUUAAGCAAAUUAAAGAACUAAAAUAAAGUUUCAAAGCUGUAAUAAAGAGUGCAUGAUUAACAUAGAUGAAUAAUUUUGAUUUCAGACGAGAAGCCUAACAAAUCUCGAGAAAAUUUUCGUCAAACCGAAAGCAGCACACCUCGAGAGUUGUCAGAAUCUCCGUAUCCUCGUGAUAGAUCGAGUUCAGCUCCCAAUAUCAACAUAAUCAAGGAUGACUUUUCAUUGUCAGAGUUACAAUCCCUGAAGAUCACUUCUAACUCGUUACAUUCUGGCAGUCAGCAGUAUUCCCGUAGGUUUUAAACUUUUUAAGUAGGCUUUAAAGUUUUAAAUUUCAAAAAUAUUAGAAUAGGCUUUAGUUCGUAUAUUCUAAUGUACAUUUCUUUAUUAUUCACACCCCACCACUCUCCGGGAUGUUUGUUGUAAAGUACAAAUAAUCUUUUAGAUGACGCAUUGCCAGCCGGUUCGACGUCCACCGUGCAUUCGCUGGGCACGGCGCUAACACCGCCGCAAUCCGCCCCGCCGCAGAAAACCACGCACAUUUUCUUCACCGAACAACAACGGAUGAGGAGUAAAAGUAGGCAUAUAAAGGGUUAUUAGGAGAUAUAAAGGGGAUAAUACAAACAGAUUUAAGGCCGGCCGAGAGGUGUUGGCAGUACUAUAACAUUGCGUUUGGGGUUUGGGCAAGGUGUAUUUCGAUAUUAGGGAUGAGAAUGUGAAUGCAAUAUUUAUUUUAAGGCUUGGGUUUAUCUGCGCAGUCUGAAUAUAUGUAGAAUUAAUGUUUUAUAAGAUUUUUAAACUUAACAAUCAACUCAAAAUACUAAAAAUAUUUUAUGAAUUAAGCCAGUAAUAGGUAGUGUAUCUUCUCCUCGCCUCUUUUUGUUUGUUUUUUGCUCUAAUAAUUAUUAAUUUGCAAGUUUGGAGGAUGAUGUGAACCUUCUUUUAAUAGCUUUAAUGGCCGCUAUUUUAGGGACACAAAUUGUCAUAGUAUCAUGGCCUUUUAUAAUGCUUUUGCAAAACUAAGUUUGCUUGAAAUUGGGUUUAAGGUUUAAUUUUGAAAAGUUUAGCGCUACAUAGUAAUAGAAAAUGCAACAUUUUGGUGAAAAAGUAACAUUUAGAACAUAAUAUGACAUAUGGCAAAUUUAAAUUGAAAAAAAUUUAAUUUUGCAAAACUUGAAAUGACAAUUCGAAAUCGAUUUACAAAGCAUUGUUUGUUUGUUUUACAUAAGCCUCGAAGCAAACGUUUACAAUUAAAAAAAGAAAAAAACUUUUUGGUUUUUCUCUCCUUUUCUCUCCACUCUCUCUCCUCCCCACACUCUCUCACCCCGAUAGUGUUACUCUUUUGUCUACUCGUCUGGGUGUUAUAGCUACUUUUAUACUCACAUUAUAAAUGUUUUAUAAACUUUGGACAUGUAUGAAACAGUCUGAGGUAAAGAAAGAGUUUAAUCCCAAAAAUCUUUUCUUUUCUUCAUAACAACGACCAGUAGAUUUUGAGGUUUCCGUUUCGGGCCUCAGGCAUGGUUCGGCUUUCACGCUAAUUUUAAUGUUUUUUCGAAUGGCUUGAACAAUGUUUUUUGGGGGGUGUUCUGGAUGAGUUAAAUGUUGUUUUGAGGACAUUUUAAGCGGUUUUUGUUUUAUGUUGUUGUAGGGGUCUUUUUGGUGGGAAAACAGCAUUGUAAAUAUUCUUUGAGGUGAAAUUAAGUUUUUUGUUAUUGGGAAGGGGUAGGAAGAGAGAUUUUGUUAAUUUUGACGUUUUUGAAAAAUUAAUUUUUCUACAAACCUAAUGUAUUUUAGGUUUUUUCUAUUUUUAAAGUGUUUUUUUAUUAUUUUUUCGAAAAUUUAUUUUUUGAAGAAAAAAGGCUUUGAAACACAUUACUUUUUGACUAAACUAUAAUUUAUUCUACAAUAUCCUUUCACUUAUUUAAUUUUUUUAAAACUGUUAGUUUAAAACUGUUAUCACAAUUCUGAAAAGUGGAUGUAAAUCCAACAGUACGUUUUAUUAGUUACGUUCUUAGCCCGAAAUAUCUUAUUAAUCAGUCGGUUGCUAUGCCAAAGACGCAGCUUAUGUUUCCUCGGUUUUCUCUCACUUUUCUCUUAAAAAAUGGGUUUUAAGCAGUUGUACUUUGGUUUGAUUGUGACAGUUUGCAGGGGUUUUGAAGGAUUAGUAAUAUAACGUUACUUUUAUGUAAUGGUACCUUUAUUUAGAGGUGUUGUAUUGAGAUUGAAAGCUUUAGAGGUGUAAAGGGAGUUAUUUUUGAGAUGACAAAGAAAGUGGUGGCAUUUUAGGUCUGAAUUUAGUAUAAAAGGACGUUUUUGUAGAAAAUGUGUUAGGAAAGGAUUACAAAAAGUUUGGAAAUGGAAAGUAGUUUUAACUAUGACAUUCUUAUUGUAAUUCUGCUUUCGAAUCUUGUUGAAUUUUUAAAUAUUUUAGUUACAUAUCUCGUAUGUUGUUGUUUAUUUAUUGAAAAUGCUGUAGAUAAUAAUGUAACAUUAGGUGUAUCUUCAGAAAAAACGCAAACUUUUUUUAAAAUUUGCCAUACUUACUUUAAUUUUGCUUCAGGUCCAGGCGAGGCGCGUCUAUCGUCGCCCGGUUCCAACAGUGUCGCGAAGAUCGAAUCCGCCGGCUCGGCGGCGUCGUUGCUCACGGUGGAGGGCGGGUCACGUUUUGAGAUUACACGCCGUGGGGGCGAGCGAUUCAAUCGACGUCGCGCGGCGGUGGAGGAUUGGGAGAUUGGCAACGACAAGGUCAUCUUCAAGGAGCAGAUCGGCAAUGGUUCGUUUGGUACCGUCUACAAGGCCUACUACUUUGGUGAGUGUUUUGGUACUGUUUUUUGGGUUUUUAGGUACAUUUUAUUUGUUUUGGUACUGAGAUAUGAGCUGAGAUUGUAUAAUUACGUAACUUUUGAAUUUUAAAAAAUUAAAAUUUUACAAAAUCUGUUUUCAGGCCCAGUAGCCGUCAAGAAAUUGAACAUCAGAAGCCCAGGGCCAGAACUUCUAGCAGCCUUUAAGAAUGAAGUUACAGUACUCAAGAAGGCACGACACGGUAACGUUCUCAACUUCCUCGGCGUGAUCAGAGAACCAGAAUUAGCCAUCGUGACACAAUGGUGUCAAGGCUCCAGUCUCUACCGUCACAUCCAUGUAAUUGAACCCAAAGUAGAGUUUGAGAUGCAGACGAUUCUGGAGAUCUGCAAGCAGAUCUCGCAGGGCAUGAACUACUUACACAGCAAGAACGUCAUCCACCGUGAUCUCAAGACCAACAACAUCUUCUUGACAGAAGGAACCACCGUCAAGAUCGGAGACUUUGGCUUGGCCACGGUGAAGACCAGAUUUGAUGAUACCACGCACGGUGUGGUACCGAAUCCGAAUCCCACCGGCUCCAUUUUGUGGAUGGCUCCAGAAGUGAUCAGGAUGAAGUCCAGUAACCCGUACAGUACCAGUUCAGAUGUGUAUUCGUUUGGAGUGUGUCUGUACGAGCUACUGAGCGGAAUGUUACCGUACGAUGACAUCAAGAACAGAGAUCAGAUAUUGUUCAUGGUGGGGACGGGGCUUCUUAAGCCGAAUCUGAAUAAUCUGAGGAACGACACGCCCAAACAGUUCAGGACGUUGUUGGAAGAAUGCAUCAAGCACAAGCCUGAGGAACGACCUGAGUUUAGAUAUGUAAGUUGUAUUAUCUUGAAGGGGUGUUGAUUGGAAAUGACAUUUUUGGCGCAAGUUUAUAUUAAGUCUUUGAAAUUUGUAUUUGAUAUGAUAGUAACUGGUUUUUGGGAGAGGAUAUAUACCUUAUAUGGUUAGUUGAUUGAUAUUGUUGUAGAUCUACGGUGUGUUGGACAACAUUCGACUGCCCAAGUUGAAGAAGUCGGCUAGCGAGCCCAAUCUCCACUCACGACAUCACAACCGGUCCGGAUUCAACUCUUAA